UCUGUGCGGAUGCAUUUUUUCCCGGUCUGCUUAUGUUAAAUUAAAAACAAAUUUUAAAAUACAAUUCAACUUUCUUGCGUUUUUGCGAUAUUAAAUAUUAUAAGAAAAAAAGAGCGUUUUGUAAAUCAAGAUCCAAAGUAAAAAAAAAUAAAAAUGAUCGCCAACUUUGAAAUUGCCGACAACAAAUCUGACAGCAAGGUAUUGAGGGCACCUGGCGGAGUCUCAAGCGACAUUUUUGGAGCUAAUAUGCCUCAAACUCCGCGGAACGUCAAAAACCUUAUGCCCUCAAAUAUAUUCUCAGCUGAAAAAGAUGUCGCCACGAAGAACAACGUACGGCAAGGAGCUCACAGAUUCUACUUUAUGGGCGAUGCACCACGUCGAGGCCAAAAGCCCGUUGACUCUUACUCACGCUUAUUUGGAGAACCGACUCGUCCCUUUACUCCUGGCAAGAAUCACAUGAAAAGCAACAUAUUGAAUGUUGGACAGAAUCCCAACACCGCUCAAUUAAUUUCCAAUAGCAAGGGAAAUUAUAACGGAAAAAGUGGUUCGGUAUCAUCAGCGUCAUCUUCGGUUUCUUCUUCGACUGAGAAUCUAAAAAUUAACGGAGGUAUAAGAUCAGAAGGAAAUCCCGUUACUGGUGAGGGCUACAAACCUGGUGCAACUGACUACAUACAGCCAGCUAAAAUUGGCAGUAGCCAGGUUAUCAACAAGAAUCGUGUGCCACCUGGCGGAUAUUCAUCGGGACUCUGGUAAUUUAGAAUUACAGAGACACCCAACAAAAACGAAAUGGUAGAUGUGCGCAGCAUAUGAGCGGAUAACAGACAGCCUUGCAAACAAAUAUAUUCACAACAAAAUGGAACCCCUACUGUCCACAUACGCGAACUAGCCGUAGUGUUUUUAAUAAUAAGAAUCAGCAGAAAUGCAUCCAAAGCGAUCAAACAUUAUCGACUUUAAACAUAGCCACGAAUUUCACUGCACAAGAUCAGCGUGUAAACAUUGUUUCUAAUAUGAGGAACACAAUUGCUCAAUGUCGGUCUUAUCUGCAUAACCAAGGAUCAUCACACAUAAGAAAUACAACCAACCAUUUUCACUUUAUAUCAAAAUAUUAAUUUAUUUUCAAUAUUACAUAUACGUAUGUAAAAAUUCACUUAAAUUUUCUAAACAUUGCUUAAUUUUACAGCCUAAGCUCAUCAUACACAUAUUGUCACAAACUUACAUAAAAAGCAUUCAUAAAAUAAAAACAAUUACGAUAUUACUAAUAUAAUACAACUACGAUAUUAAUAUAUACUUUGUUCAGAUCAGUAGGUACAGAAAUAAAACAUACAUUGAUUUCUACGCAA